AGAGAGAGAGAGAGACACCCCUCCCCUCCCUCUCUUCCGCCGCCCGCCGCUUACACAUCGGGCAGCGCUCCGAACCAAACCGAGCGGAUCUAACCUACUUAUCCCCUUCAAGCGGCUGUCGGGGUACUGUUGGUUCGGACCGUCGAUGAGUCUGUGAAAGCGAACCGGUCCGGUCCCUGCUUCCUGUGUGUGCGACUCGUUUCUUCUCCGUGCUGUGGACCGGGAGAGCCGCUCUCUCCCCGCACCAACAUUUUCUUUAAUGACCGGAUUUGUAUUUUGCUGCGCGAUGUAUAUGGACAGAAGCAGCCUGACCAGGGAGCUACAGUGUCUAUUCUGGACUGAACUGGACUGGAGGGUUCUGCCAUUGCUGCGGCGUUCCUGCCUACAGCCUAGUGUUCUACUAGGAACAGAACCCAUCCAAUUCUCUGGUUGUCAGCUUUGUGCGUAAUGGACGGAUUCUGGGUAAUGUAGUUCUGAAGCACAAAGGGAUAAAGAAUCUGCUUCCUGAAUCCAACGAAUAAAAAUUUACUCUGUGUCUGCUUUACAAUAAAGUGAUAGUUCACCGCUGAAAAGCAAAUUGUGUUAUAAAAUUUUUACAUUUUUUUAGCAAGAAUGUGCAACAACACUUAACAUUGAUGGUCAAUGUCCAGAGGAAAAUGGCAGUAAUAUGUGUUGUGGAUGUAAAUGGUUAUAUCCUAACACCCAGAUUGCAUUGUGCUUGGACAAAUCUCCCGAGCUUCAGAGAUUGGAUUUACCUGAGAUGGGCUGUGUGUUUCCACAUAAGGAUAACUUUUCCAGUUUACACACAAAUGUUUGGACAUUUCUUUACAAUUUUAACAAAAGGUUAUAUUUUAACAUUGUGUUUGAAUAAAGACAUUGUUUCUAAGUCAUUUAGCAAGCUUUUAUUAUAAUUUAAGCAGACACAAAUUCCUCAUUUAGCUAAAACCUUCUUCCUUUCUUCAUCUGCUGUUAGUGGCUGGAAAAACAAGAUAGUUGUCACUCACAGAUAGUCUCUGUGAUGAUACGCAACCGGCCGAUAUUACCUACAAAUGGAUGAAAUUAAUUAUAUUAUUAGUUUUAAAGUUUCUGCCAGCCAAGCUAAUGCACAGGCUAACGUUAGCAACGUAAGCUAGUGCUACUCCUGACAGUCCAAAACACAAUCAGCAGCUCAUAAAUGUACUCAGACCUUACAGCACAAAAGAAUAAACGGUCGAAUAUAUUACUUACUCAGUGCUCAUUUCACCGUUCUGUCCCAGCUGUUUCUGGUCUGUCCUGCAGCGCAAAGACACGAUGCAUCCGGCCUGUGGCUUUGCCUGAAGCUGACUCUGGGCUCUCCGCUGUAGGUGCUGGUUCCUUACGGGCAGCCUCGUCCUCGUCAGCACUGUACUCUGGCUCAUACAACUAACCACAAAUAUCAGACGUGCGUGCUGAAGUACUACCUGUCCUCCAAAUAAUCUACAGCGGGACCUCCACCCAUUGAAUAUUAGUGCUGUAAGCGUAUGCGAGUAAAAACAAUGGUGGAGAAGUUGCGCUUUAGCAGGAUGGCUCCGCCCCUAUCUCAGUCUGGCUCCGCCCCUCUCAGCCUGACCGUUGCUGGAGCAGGUACAGAGGAAAUCAGGAAGCACUAGUUGUAGUUUUUGAGCCCAUGGCAAACCAUCUGCUAAGUCGUCUUACCGGGAUUAAUAAAUAAUAAUAACUUCUCUGCAUUGAAAUUAUGGAGCAGUCUAAGUGUCCCUUCAAUUUUAGAAAUGUAAUAUUAAGAAGGUCGUUUUGGUCAACACCUAUUAAAAAAGUUUUCCUUUAACUAAAAUCUGUUUUCUACGCAACCAACAAGAAGAAGCAAUGGCGAACAGAGCUUUUGUGCAUCUGUUCUCCAGCGGGCUGGCUCUGCCCCCUCUCAGCCUGGCUCCGCCCCCAUAGGCUGUGGUUUCUUUCCGCUUUAGAAUUUCUGACAUUGCAGUAUUUUCUGUGUCCAGUGUUUGAGCUGGGCCUCCUUGCCACAGAUGGCUCUGCUUACCAACACACUUUCGCUCUGUCUUCCAUCUUUACUUUUACUGGCUAUAAGAAGCUGAGAGUAAACAAGGUUGAGUGAUAUGUAAAGAGGGGAGAUGUUGGUACGGCCUUGUGAAACCUAAUGGGACUGUCCUGCUGCAGACACGAAGUGUACAGUAGGAUCAUGUAUGGAAGAUGGAGUUUGAUUUUAGCAGAUAAAGAUCUGAUCAGGAUCUUUAUCUCAGAAAUCCAGGAUCUCAGGAAUGUGGUAAUUUCAAAUAAUUCCUUUCAAAUAAUGAGCUGUCAAAAAGCACUGGAACCCAGCCAAUGAGCUGCAGCUGUGUUCAGACCACAAAAAUCUCGGUCUCCUCUGUUUGGAGUUUAUUUCUGUCCAACAGCACCAGCAGAGACGUCAUCUGGAAGCUAUUACUGUGGUUUUACAAUCAGCUGAUUCCACAAACGCCUGCCAGCCCAUCGUCUGCUAUAAGAAACCGAAAGACUACGGUGCUGCAUCAGCAGACUGCACCUAUAAGAUUAAGUUAUUCAAAUAACGAGGUGGCGAUAGACAAUUAUGAUAAAUGCUUCUUUAUGAUGCUCUGUUUAUGUUAAGGCAGAGCAUGGUUCUGUUAGAGGCGUAAAGUUAUAUAUUAAUAAUUAGAAUAAUUACAAUCUAUUGGUUUUUGGGUUUGAUUCCAGGGUCGUCCAGGUUUCUUUCUGUGCAGUUUGCGUGCUCUCCUCGUGUCUGUGUGGGUUUUCUCUGUUUUCUUCCCACAGUCCAAACACAAGCAGUCAGGUUGUGUGAGUGGUUCCCCUGUGAUCUGUGAACCCUGCAUCUGGGCCCGGCAGCAGGGCCACAACCCUUGACAGGAGUAAGCAGCCGAGAUAGGAUCGGCUUUUAAAUUAAAAAGCUCGAGAUUUGUUGUUUUUUCUUUAUUGUUGAGUAAGGACUGAACUGAACUGAUGACAAGGGAGACUGGUUUGUGUUACUUGGUACUGUACUUCUACUAAAACCUGUUACUGUUAUGUCAUUGUAGAACAUCUUGUAGAGUUCCAAUGUCAUCCCCAGGUUCCUCCUCCUCCAGUCCCAGUUUGCUCGCUAAGGGUCUCUCUCUGGAACCAUCCUGCUCGCCGUGCAGUCACGGUGAGGCGGAUACACCCCAGCAGCUGAACUCAGACCUUGAACCCAUCUCCUCCUCUUCGGGUCCAGCGUCCCGGGAAGAAGGGGCUCCGCUAACUAGGCUAAUAGAGGACUGUGGUUCAGCUAAUGAGUUGGUCAAUGACACAGGCCCACUAGAGCUGCCAGCUAACACAGUAACCCCACUGAGCAGGAGCAGAGCACCGCUGCCUGGACCAAAGCCUCAGGUACCUCCAAAGCCCCCCCACCUUCAGCAGCAUGCAGUGGUGUCAAGGCCUCGACCUCGUGCCCCAGACAAGCCCCUACCCCCUACACCACCUUGCAGACCCCUCCAAACAGAUCCCCGGGGGGGGUGGAGUCCUCCCAUCCGUGACGAAGGCACAGCCUCACCCACCUGUGUCCUGUCAUUGAUUGAAAAAUUUGAGCGUGAGCAGAUCAUUGUGGUUCCUGACAUUACCGGGGGAACCCUGUGUCAACGCCUCCCUGACCCCUCCUCCUCAUCCCGACCUUCAUCACCUGCAACCUCAUCAAUGCCUGUCGCUUCCCCAACUGAUGAACAGACUUCCACGGAACUAAGAGGUGGUGAUGGCAUGAUAUUAAGGGCUAAGGAGGGGGCACCUAGUGACCUACAUCAUCUUAACGAUGAUGGCAAUGAAAAUAAAAAUGAUGAUGACGACCUUCACCACAAGCGUUUAUCCAUGGAGUCGGGUUAUGGUGCCUCUGAGAAGCACUUGGAAGAGGAUAUGGUGGCAGUUGAGAUGAGAGAGCAACAACACCAGCCACUUCCACUGCUCGACCAAUCAGAACUCCCCUCUGAGCAUCUGUCCCUCCCCUCUUCACAGACAGAUGGGAAGUUGGCCAAUCGGGACAGCGGGAUUGAUAGCAUCAGCUCUCCAUCGCACAGUGAGGAGCUCUGCUUUGCUGGCGUAGAUGACGGGGGUGUGGUUUACCCCUGCAGCCCUGCCCUCCUGCCUCACCUCUCCAGUUUGUCCUUAUAUGCAAUGGAGGGAGGGGAAGGUGAGGAAGAGGGGGAGAAGGCAAGUGGAGGUGUGAGAAGAAGGCAGUUUGCAGAGGAUGGAGACAGUGACCUGGAGGAGGAGGGAGAACUUACACUGGUGCUGUCUCCCCCCAAGGCCAACAGACAGGACUCUGCUGAGCUUUCUGUCCAACAGAGAGUUUUCAACAUCGCUAAUGAGCUGCUCCACACAGAGACUGCCUACGUCUCCAAGCUCCACCUCCUGGACCAGGUUUUCUGUGCCAGACUCAUGGAGGAGGCUCGCUCCCGCUCCUCUUUCCCCUGUGACGUGGUUCAUGGAAUCUUUUCCAACAUCUGCUCCAUUUACUGUUUCCAUCAGCAGUUUCUGCUGCCAGCGCUUCAGAAACGGAUGGAGGAGUGGGAUUCAAACCCACGGAUCGGGGACAUCCUGCAGAAGCUGGCUCCCUUUCUGAAAAUGUAUGGAGAGUAUGUGAAAAACUUUGACCGAGCCAUGGAGCUGGUGAACACCUGGAUGGAGAGAUCAGCUCAAUUCAAGACCAUCAUUCAGGAGAUCCAGAAGGAGGAGCGCUGUGGAAACCUGACUCUGCAGCAUCACAUGUUGGAGCCAGUUCAGAGGAUUCCUCGCUACGAGCUGUUGCUCAAAGAUUAUCUUCAUCGCCUGCCAGAGGACGCCCCGGACUACAAGGAUGCCCAGAAGUCUCUGGAGCUGAUUGCCACAGCAGCCGAACACUCCAACGCUGCCAUCCGGAAAAUGGAGCGAAUGAGGAAGUUGUUGAAGGUGUACGAGCUGUUGGGAGGGGAAGAAGACAUUGUUAACCCAACCAAUGAGCUCAUUAAAGAAGGACACAUCCUAAAACUGUCCAACAAGAAUGGAAGCACUCAGGACCGAUACCUCAUACUGUUUAACGACAGGUUGUUGUACUGCGUCCCAAAGCUGCGUCUGAUUGGUCAGAAGUAUGGCGUCCGUGCUCGUAUUGAUGUGGAUGGCAUGGAGCUGAAGGAGACCAGCAGUAUUGCAGUUCCUAGAACCUUUCUGGUGUCUGGAAAGCAGCGAUCUAUGGAGUUGCAGGCCAGGACGGAGGAGGAAAAGAAAGACUGGAUCCAGGCUAUCCAGGCGACCAUCCAGAGACACGAGCAGUCGGUGGAGAGCUUCAGACACUUGAAUUGUUCUCUGCGAGACGACGAUUCCACACCACCUCACUCCCUGGUAACACACCACUGGAAGCUGUUCUGUACUAAGAGCUGUGUGGAGCUGGGGAAACGAGCUCCAACUCCCAUCAGAGAGAAGGAAGUGACUCUGUGCAUGAAGUGUCAGGAGCCAUUCAACUCCAUCACCAAGAGGCGGCACCACUGUAAAGCUUGUGGACACGUGGUUUGUGGGAAAUGUUCAGAGUUUCGCGCUCGUCUGUCAUACGACAACAAUCGGACCAACCGCGUUUGUGUCGACUGCUAUGCUACUCUGGUAGGGGUGCUACCCUCGUCCUCCAUGUCGAGCAGCAGCACCCAGAGGAGACGCUCCAUCCUCGAGAAACAGGCCUCGCUGGCAGCAGAGAACAGUGUGAUCUGUAGUUUUCUUAACCACAUGGAGAAGGGAGGGGGGAAGGGCUGGCAGAAGGCCUGGUUUGUCAUUCCUGAAAACGAGCCACUGGUUCUCUACAUCUACGGAGCUCCACAGGAUGUGAAGGCACAGCGAAGCAUCCCUCUUAUUGGCUUUGAGGUCUCUCUACCCGAGUCAUGUGACCGACUGGAGCGACGCAAUGCCUUCAAGAUAUCCCAGAGUCACCUUACGCUGUACUUCAGUGCCGAGGCAGAGGAACUGCAGCGGCGAUGGAUGGAUGUCCUGUCGAGGGCUGGGAGGGGGGAGGAGCUUCAGGUGCACCUCCCAAUUGUGGAAAGUUUGGAGGAGGAGCUUGAGGAGCUAGCAGCAGAGGAAGAAAACACAUAAUUUUUCAGUCAUGAAGAAGGGGUCUUUAAACCAAGAUCAAUCUUUUAGUACAAAACGAUUACAAACAGUUGUAGCUAACAUCUAAACCAACCCACCCUUUGAGCUCUCUGUCUAUUUAAACCUGUGUGGUUCAGCUGCAUGAUUUCUCCCUGCUAUCAACGUAAGGCGGUGCUCCCUCUUAGCUCUUUGUUUCACCUGCCAGGUAAGGUGGCAGUAAAUGUCUUCAUUGUAUAUUGUCACAGUACAUUUUUAAGAGAAACCUCAGAUCAGCCUUCUGAUCCCUGACCCAGUAGGUUUGGCCUGUGGAAUGUCUUCAGCACUACUGUACCCUUAAGCCCCAGCUGUUGUUUUUUUGGAGAAACCUCUUAUCCAGAGCAAAAAAAGUGACCUACAACUAAUUUAUAUUGAUUUUGCAUCUCACAGCUGUUUGAACAUGGAUCCAAAGCUUCCUGAUUGGAUUAUUUCAUUUUUUUACUUUUAAAGUUGAAAAAAUGCAACAUGUUUCCUCUGUUGGAUUAGUCUUUCAAAGGGUCAGCCAGGUCCCUAGGUAAUAAUAGUCCUCUCAAGGGUAGAAGUGCACCCCAGACUGUUGGCUUACUGACUCUAAAAUAAGUAAACUGUUGGAAGCCAACUUUAAGCAACAGCACAGGAACCUGUGGACUCAACAAAUAAUAUAAUGAAAAUAACUGAAACCUUAUUGAUCUCACAGUGUGGAAAAGAACCUGGGAUCAAACCAGGGACCCUCUGCUUCCCAGGCCGAUGUGCAACCUAAUGAGCUAACAGGCCUCUUUGGUCAGAUUUCAGUUCAUGUUUGAUGCAGAGAACAUCGAUGCACAGAUGAAAGGUAAAUGCAUUUAUUUUUCCUCAGAAAGGAAAGAGACAUUUACUGUGGUUCAUAGAGCACGUCCACCUGUACAAUAGCCUUGUUUUAUAAACUCAUACUGAAGCUGCAGGUUCUGUCUGGGCUGCAUGAAAUCUGUACAGUACAGAACAAUGUGCACAUGGAUGUUUAUUGUGUUCAAUUUGAUGUACAGUAGGAGCCCUGAGACAACCUCAUCAAGUCAGUUCAUCAAGAAUCAUCAGUUAUGUGCUUGUUGGAGUACGGUUAACAUCUGAAAGCGGCUUGACACAGUUUUCAAGACAACCCAAUGAGCCCAUGACAAAAAAACUAAACAUGUUGGAAUGCCCCCUCACCUGCAUCCUGACAAGAAGCAGCUGCUGAAAUAAUUUUAAGUUUAAAAGUCAUGAGCAAGAGGUGGAUAGAAAAAGAGAAGAAACAUAGUGAAGUGUCAUCUUUAAUGCACUUCAUAGACAUCUCAAAUGUCCCCUGUAAUGGACAAACCCUUCUUUUAUUUUUCCUCUGUUCAUCUCUUCGCUCAAUGGCCUCACUGCUGCUAUUACACCUCGAGCUCAGCUACAUUUCCCAGCAGCUUCUGCUCCUUUUAAAUCACACAAUCACAAGCUUUAGUCUAGUUUUAGUCAAUUUGUCUGGACUUUUAGAAUAUUUUGUUUCAAAUUCAUCCGAUACAGGUGAAAUGUUAUAAGUUUAUUUUGACCUAUUCAAUAUUUAUUAAUAAUAAUUGUCUAAUAUCUGGUGAAAUAGCUAUUGGGGUUUCUGCAGGACACUGGUGGAUAAUGAGUCUCUGGCAGGAAAGAGGAGCCAGACUGGACUUUAACGUACAUUAUCUGCUCAUGUAAGACUCACUGAGUGUUGAAGCUGAUAUGAACUGAAUUCAUAUCAGUUCAUAUAUGAAUGAUAUAUGAAUAUAAAUGAAAAAGUUUUAAUCAUCUUCACUUUCAGUGGUUCAGUAUUUCUCUGUUUGUCUCUUUACACAUUUUUGGAAAAGUGUUUUGAUAGUGAAAAAAUCAAAUGCUACUAAGAUAAUUAUUGUAUUAUUCUGAUCAAUCUCACUGAUGAAAAAAGAAUUGUUGUUGGAUAUUUCUGUGUUUUUGGGUCUGGGUUGCUUUUUGAUAUUUGCUUGAUGCAAAAAGAAAACAUUACUAUAAAUGUAAUUUAUUACCCCUCUCCCCAGUCAUGUGAUUCUGUAAAGUUUAAAGGUGAAUGUUUGAUGUUUCACUACAUAGCCAGAGCCAAGCAGACAGUUUGGGGUCACAGGGACAAUCUGACAUUUUGAUGAACCCUGCUGUUGUCCGGUUAGUUCAUAGUCUCGUGUUUCAGAUGGACAUUGGGUUCAUCUGUACAACAGAGGCCAUGUGUAGCCUGGCUGAGAGCUAAAUAUCACUAACCAGCUCUUUUUAUUAUGACCUAUUUCAAACAUGUUUCAUAUCCGACUUUAGCUUCAUGCCAAUCUCUCUAAGGUUACUGGUAUGCUGGUCUACGCUGGUUUAGUCAGAGUUAACAGGGGUUGUGUGAUGUGGUUCUGUUGGCUGAGCCAGGCCAGCCGUCAGCUUCCUUGAUCCAGCUGAGGCACAUGAGUCUGGAACAGUCUUUCCUGAACUUCUACCUCUAUCACUGUCUGGUGCUCAGUGGCUCUGGCUGUGUCACUGGGGCCACUUCUGCCUCGAGCUUGGCCUUAAGCCUGCCGUCAUUAUCAUCUUUCAAAAUGGUAAAAGUGUUAGCAGCUUUUAAUCUGGGUGAUAUCUGUCAAACAGUUGGGCUCGUGCUUCCUAUGCCGUCUGUUUUAUUUUCCAAACUGUGCUGUGUGUUGUUCCAGUUCCAUGUGCAAAGAACAUACAGUAUUCAUUGUACAGAGCUAGUAUGGGUAACGUAUAAAGCCUUUGUGUAUUUGAAUAUUUCCUAAGUCAAGUUGUAACAAGUUACAGUUUGAGCUGCUUAUAACUGGAAAAGAGCACAAUUAUUGACUGUACACACAGAUUUCGCAUGUUUGGUUGCUUCUUACUGUGAGCGAACACCAGCUGGGUGUCCAUCAUCAGAAGCUAAAGCUCGUCCAACAACACGUGGCAGCUGGUAUCCGCUACAUCUCUUAAACACUUUGUUGUGCGUGGUCCAAACUGGUUCUGGUUUUUAGUAACUGGGGUCAGAUUUCUGCCUUACCCAGAAAUUUAUUUGUGCCAAACCAAACAAGUCCUUUUCUUUUAGUACAAACCCUUCAGUGUGGGGCUUUGUAUCGAUGUUUUACUUCCUCCUGUUUUUUUAUGUUAAAAAACAAGCAGGAAGUAUUACAGGCAGAUGUGUUGAUCACGUCGAUGUUCUCAAAAUGUUUAGUUCCUCUGCAGUGAAGUGUCCUUCACAUGUUCACUCUGCUCGUUUCCUCAGAAUGUGAGUGUAUCUGACUCUUCACAGCUGCUGUUACCCACGGACUGUUCAUCAAACCAAGCACAGAAAAGGUUACUAUUAAUGUUUCAUGUUUGAAAAUCACAAAACAGCCUCAGACUUUAAUCCACCACCAAGAGCAUGAUGGGGGCCUUUCACAUGCAUAUGCAGUAGCAAUUUCAUCAUGUUUCCAUGGAGCAGCAGGACUUUCACCACUUAUAUUUUAGCAAGUUUCUUCUUGAGAAGUUGACAAAUACUAAGAUGAUGUUAAUAUCUGACAUGUUUUGGCAGUUAGACCAUCAACAUGUUGACAGUGAUAACUAAUCUUUACUUAUCUCAUAACUUCUUGCUAAAGGAACCGCAGAGGUUUCUGGGGCAGCCUGUUACUAUAGUAACCAUGAGGCUCUUCAGCCCUUACUUCAAAGUAGUGUGUUACCAUAGCAGCUACCGUGCUCUAGUUACCAUAACAACUACAUCCCUUAGCUUUUUUCUGUGUCUCUCUGGGUGUAACAGCAGUAUGGUUGUGUAUUGAAUUUCCUCUGGUAUCUUUUUGCUAUUGAUUAUUAAUUAUGGAUUGGUUACAGGUUAUUGGUUAGUGGCCGGCCACUGCCUUUCAUCGUCUGUUGAUUUCCCAUAAGCUGUGUAAAAAUAUAAACUGAGAAAUGUUUUAUGAGGUCAUAAAUGAAAUAAAAGCCAAAAACAUGA